AUGUUUCGACUCACUGACAAGACGCAGCCGGCCCUAACGCCACUGCUUUUCAUAAUCCAGAGGUAUCUUGGACACAAGCCUCCUAACUUUCCAACGUCCGAUGCUUGGACCCUCUCUCCUCUGGUCAAUUCGGGAUGGGGAGUGACUCUAGUGGCUUCUGUUGCCGCACUGUCCUUAUCGAAUGGUGACCUCUUCAGGUCAUUGUUAUCCAGCAUUCUCGUAGCUGCUCUUCUCGUUGUCUACAGCGCCCUUACAGCUAGACCUAAAGAUGGCCUUUACCAUCUUCCUCUCGUUGAUAUUGAAGCAUCUAUAAUUGGAGUUUCGACACGGGUGGUGGCUCUUCUCGUGGCUGGUCUGGGGAUCCAAUCCGUUACAUUGGGUCUCCUUACAAGUUCUAUUUCCUACGUCCUUUUCUUGGGACUUUCCAAAGCUUCAUCAUGGUUCUUUAUGAUUCAGCUUGCCCACAACACCUCAUGGCUCAUGGCCCCCGCCAUAGGGACUUUUGCCAUCGCAGCCACGAGCAACCCUUUCCGAGAAUCAUCAGAGAUGCGAGCUCUAUUCCAUGUUAUGGUGUCAUUGCUUGCGCUUUGCCAAAUAAUUCACUUGGUUCCUGGGCAACCCAAAGGCAAAUCAAUUCUCUGGGGCUUUUUCCUCAUCUCUCUUCUUCCCUAUCUUUCCAAUGUUUGGGCGAUUCGAAAUGCACAGCCCUCUUCACCCAACAGCUCUGGAACAUCUCCAGUGCACCCAGUUGAAGCUUUGGUUCGUCACGCGACGAAUAGCUUUGAAGAUCUCCUCCGAAACCAAUCGAAAAGCUACGAAGCUGCCAGCGAUGAAUAUCGACAACGAUACCGCCAAGAGCCUCCACCAGGCUUCGAUGCCUGGUUCAAGUUUGCAGAGUCAAAUCAAUCGCCUAUUAUUGAUGAAUACGAUAUAAUUUACGAUAUCGUUUCUCCGUUUUGGAAACUGAGCGGUCAGGAGGUUCUCAAUGUGAUGGCAAAGGUGAAGGGAACACCACGGAGCGAAGUUUGGCUCUGCGAUUUCUCAGGAAAGGAAGCCAAGACCAAGUGCCAACACCCUUACCGGACUUUCGAUAGACACUACAGUCUUCUGUUCGACACCCUCUUGGGGGAGCUUCCCGGAGAGCUUCCAGACGUCAAGUUUCUAAUCAACCACUUUGACGAACCGAGGGUUCUAAUUCCCCCCAACCCAACAGCAAAGUUAAGCUUGACCGACAUGGCAAAGAAAGCGACCUGGGAAAGGCUCAGCAUUUCUUGUGUCCAUUCACAGAGAAAAACUGGCAGCUCUUACCCCGAGCCUUUGGUAGAAACAUUCAACAUGCCGUUUGUCAAAAACCACUUCUCGGCGAAGGACCUAUGCCUACACCCCGAAUACAAAAACAUGCACGGCUUUCUCAUGAGCCCUAAAACCUUUCACCUCGUUGAGGGAUUGGUGCCGAUAUUGUCGACAGGUGCACCUUCAACAAUGGGCGACAUUCUCUUCCCAAGCCCAGCAUACAUCGAAAAAGAGUUUCAAUACGACAUCUUGACCGAUGUAAAAUGGGAGAGUAAAUGGAACAACUUGUACUGGGCUGGCUCAACAACAGGCGGAUUUGUCUUCGAUGACCAAUGGCGACACCACCAGCGACAGAGAUUUGUGGCCUUGGCCCAGAACCUGGAGCAGAAGCCGCAUUCUUAUCUAAGACAAAAGAACGGCAUGCUUGGACGUGUGUACUCGACUUUCCUCAACAGUCGGUUAUUUAACGUUGCCUUCACUAGGAUUUUCCAAUGUGAAAGACAGUACUGCAGAGAUCAGAGCACCUACUUCAGCACCAAGUCUUGGGCAGACAAGGAUGAGGCGCUCAGAUCACGGCUCGUAUUCGACACGGACGGAAACGGAAUAAGCGGGCGUUACUACAAGCUUCUGGCAUCAAACUCAGUACCGUUAAAGCAGACAAUCUUCCGAGAAUGGCACGACGAGCGAUUGAUGCCUUGGGUUCACUACGUGCCCGUCAGUCAAAGCCUCGAAGAGCUUCCCGAGCUUGUCUCCUAUCUCACUUCAACGGAAGCAGGACAAAGAAUAGCCAAGACUAUUUCUGAGCAGGGUAGAGACUGGUUCUCAAGAUCUCUGAGGCAGGUCGACAUGACUGUUUAUACCUACAGGUUAAUAUUGGAACUAGCCAGGCUGCAGGAUCCGAAAAGACUAGCGAGUUGA